GCGGCUCUCUCCUCGGCGCUAAUAAUACGCCGAUAUACCACCGAUUCUGCCACCAUGGCUCUACGCGGGACUCGAGAGAGUAGCUGCCACGGUACGCGCGCCGCGUUGAGCCACCAAAGACAUUGCUAAUCGCGCGUCCAUGCCGCGAGGGAUAUCCUAAAUCCAUCAAUUGCCUGACGCCGCGAUUGACGCGAACCGUCGCCGUCGCUCUACUCUCGGAAAGUGCAACUUAAUUGGUUGGCCAUGCGAUCGAAUCCAUGUCGUACGUUCGUCAAUUGUUUCACUGUUGCGCGACGAAUCUGACAAACUAGUGCCCCGAGAAGAUUGACCCUGGGCCGUGGGUCAGGAUUAGUGACAAGUUCGAGAAAAGGAAAGUGUUACCGCGCGCGUAUAAUGAAUUUGCGUUGACGCGACCGAUCCACGGUCGAGUCGGUUUGCCGAAAAGUGAAGUUCGCCGAUUAGAGUGAUCGUUGCGCUCGCGCGAGUAAUUUUCGGAAGCGAGGAUGAAAGGACGCGAGACUAGAUAAAGGAAGAUCGCGCGUCUUUUUAUCAGUGGGUAAUGUGGAGGAUGCAGGAAAGCAGGACCGUGUCGCCUCUAGGACCGGUCGUCCUGCAGCGAGAGGAAGCAGAUAUGCGUGCCGGUCUGUCGCUACCGCCGCAGGAUAGAAGACCCGUUCUACUCGUACGCACCAGCGAAUCUUUUCCAAGAUACGACAGCAUACGGCAACAACAGUCGUCGAGCCCACCUGCGAUCCUGCGAUCCUCCGUCACUGCCGUCGAGAAGGAUCAGUAUCGCGAGACAGAUUCGCAGAUCAGGGAAAAGAGGCCGAACGACGAGGAGGAGGAAGAGCAGGAUGACGAGGAGGAGGAUGAGGCCGAAGACGAGCGAAACGCCUCGAGCAGGAGAAACGUCGUCGUGGACGACGAGGAGGACGAGGAGCAGGAAGAAGAGGAGGAGGAAGAGAGUCAGCCCGAAGGGCAUCGAAACGGCAGCUACCACGAGGACGGGGACAUCGAGGUUGACGUGUGUCGGGAGGAUGCCGACGAGAGUAACCCCAGCAGCCCGGUGGAUCUCACGGCGCCCUCGUCGAGGGGCGUCACGUCGGAGCAAUUCGUACAUCCGUUCGCCAACCGCGUACAUUCUUUUACCUGUGUACAAAGUGGUGGCCACGGGCCUGCCGGCCACGGAACCCCAGUGUAUAUAUCCGGACACGGCGCUACCGGCUCGGCCGUCAUGACGGUGUGUACUUCCGGUGGCGUGGCGCGCACCACCACCGGCACAUCGACAGGUAGCAUUACCACGACCGCCACCAGCACGGUGCAGACGAAUAACAAGCGGUGCCUCGCAUUCUCCGUCGAGAAUAUUCUCGAUCCGAACAAGUUUACCGGUGGCCGCGUCGUCCAUAAUCGUAUGCAGCAUCGCCGACACCGGCGCGCCGGCAGCGUGCACGAAGACGGUGACUCGCGGGGUGAGUUUGCCUGCGGCAGCGGCCAGGAAGAUGAGGAAGGUACACCGGACACCAUCAUGGAGGAAAUGGAGGAAGACGUCGAGGAGGAGGAGGAAGACGAGGAGAUUGAAAUGCGAGUCGUGGAUCAGGACUCUGGCAGCGUCGGACGGGAAAAUACAACCAGCGGCGGCACCAACACAACCACGACGAACUGCAAGAAGCGACAAUCCUCGUCGUCGUCGUCUACAUCGUCAAGUGGCGCUCAGGUACAAAACUGUCAGGGUCAAGGUCAAAACGGACAGAACGGCACUGGUGGUGGUGGUGGUGGUAGUGGUGGUGGCGGCGGUGGCAGCGGCGGCGGCGGCGGCGGUGGUAGUAGUGGCGGAGGUGGAGGAAGUAAUAGUAAUACCAGCGGCAAACCCAGAAGAGCGCGAACGGCCUUCACGUAUGAACAGCUGGUCAGGCUAGAGAACAAGUUCAAGACGACUAGAUACCUGUCCGUGUGCGAGCGUCUGAAUCUGGCGCUCGAGCUUCAAUUGACCGAGACCCAGGUGAAAAUCUGGUUCCAGAAUCGGCGGACCAAAUGGAAGAAGCAGAAUCCGGGUCUAGACGUAAACAGCCCUACCGUGCCGACGACGCCACCGCAUCCGUCGCCGUACGCGCCCGCCUUCCUCUUCGCCGCGCAUCCUCACCAGCACGCGUUGCCACAUUCGCACACACAUCCACACCCACAUGCCCACGUACAUCAUCCGCCGCCGCCGGUGCCGCCGCCGCCCGGGUACUACCAUCCGGCAGCCCCACCUUACCCGCCGACCGGUCCGACCUUCUUCGGCCAUCAUCUGUCGGCGACUCCUGCUGCGACUGCGUCAGGACCGCCGCCAACCUCUACGCCUUCCUCCACCGGCCUGGCCCUCUCGUCUCAUCCGCAUCCGCACACGCAUCCGCACGCGUAGCGAAUUCGGCGAUGAUACCCUGCAUCAACGUCCUCGCCUUCGUAGUCAUCGACAAGGAAACGGUGGGCUCGUGUGAGUACUUCCGGCCGUGGCAAGAAAAGUACCAGGAUAGGAAGGAGUGCAGAUUGCGCGCGUUCAUGUAUAUUGAACACAUAAAAAUUCCUACUUGGACUCUCAUUGGUAACGUUCGAACGCGUUCACCGAUAAUUCGUCAUUUCUCCUGGUCAUCGCGAUUGUUUUUUUUUUUACUAAUUAGUACGUAUUCUUGUGACAAUGAAACAAAUUAGCCAUAUUUUGAAAACAGCAUAGGUUCAUAAUUUUUACAGAAACGUUUAAUAUGAUAUAUACACUGCGCAAUAUACAAAGACAAAAGAAUUAAUAAAUUAAGAAUAACAAUUUCAAUCUCUGGACGUAUGCUGUUUUCAAAAUGCAGGAUGAUAUUUUGACGUUGGGACAGUAAUUUUUGUUAGAUAUAUACACGUUUAAAGAGAAAAAUGUUGGAACCUAAUUAAGUAUUGAAUUGGACGAUGGGUGUAAUGUUUUCGUUUGUUAGAUCGGGACGCGUAAGCGGCCCCAAUGUUAUAUUUUGCCUUCCCGUUGCGCACGUGGAACGACUCGAUAGCAUAAUCGGUUUACGUAGGGUGACGUUCAAAAAACGAGCGUAUCAUUCCGACGCGACACCGACCAAACAUUUAAAUUCCGUGCGUAUUUUCCUCCAAACACCCGAGCUUCGGACUAAUAGCGAAGAGAACGACGUCUUUUUAAAAGCGUACACACUCGUCUUUCGAUAGAUCUAAUAUUUAACAAAAGGUGGAAUGGUAGAAGGCAGAACUUCAUUAAAAAGUUUUGAUUGCUUUCACUUCUCCAAUUUGCACUCAUCGCAGUCAUCGCCUCUCAUUUGCGAGUUUUACGUCAAAAAAAUUAAACAGAGUCGUAUAUUAUUGUCCGGAAUUUUGACGCAAGUCGUUCUUUAUCCAAUAAAAAUAAAAAGAGACCUUGGUACUUUUCUCCAAGUAAAGUAGAGUAACACGAACAUCCGAGUCCUUGUCGUUUUCUCAUCUUUGUAAUAUACUCCGUUUCUCCGACGGGAGAAACUUGUCUUAAAGGGAAGUAGAUUUUAUCAGAAACGCUCUUAUAUAUAUAGCAGUAAGGUACAUGCGUGUAAAUGAAUGCGCGAGAAUGUUUGCGAGAAUGCAAUGAUCAUGACUGUCGAAAAAAAUUAGUGAGCAAUGUUUCGUGCUGAUCGCAAAAACGAGGCACAUCCGGAACGUAGCAAUCGUUCCUGUGUAAAAUAAAAAUCAUACGUUACGCUCGUAAAAACCUUCA